CUCCGAAACAGAGGAAGAACACAACAUCUCUGACACUUGUCUCCAACUACACAAAAUGGCUUCUAAAUACAUCACAGAUAUUGCAAUCUCCACUAGCCCUGCAAGGGAGCAACAGCUUCGUGGCCAAGGCUUUCUCAGGAAGGAUUUCAACCUCAACCAAGGAAAUUCAUCCACCUCCAUAGUUUACAUGUGGUACAAAAUGGGCAAUGUUGAACCCAUCACCAGAGUCCAGUUCUCAUUCAGUGAUGCAAUGAAAAAUGGCCUGAGGAGUGCAGGGUACACUGAGCUCCAAGAAAACCUCAACUAUGGAGCAGAGGGAGAUGUCAUCCAGCUGUGGUACUGUAGUGGUGCAAGCCCUAAGUAUGACAUUCCCAUUGUAGAUCUCCUGCUCUCCACUAAUGUGGCCGCUGAAUUCAAAUACGGCUGGGAAAGGCUACCAUGCAAUCUGAACCGCAAUAACUCAGGAGAAAACAUCAACCUCUGGUUGAAGCGAGAGAGUGAGACCUACAUCUGUGACGUUGCUACCACCACCUCAUUCCAAGAAGACAUCAACCUUUUCAAGACGGGCUACAUCCGGCUGGAUGAAGAUCUCAAUAGAGGUGCUGGAGGAAACUGGAUCUACCUCUGGUACCGUCAAUCCACUGAUAAGGGCAGCAGUCUCACCAAGAUCGAUGUAUCCAUCAACCAAGAGCAGGAGCUCAACCUACAGCAGCGUGGUUUCACCUCGCUGAAUGUUAACCUCAACGAGGGAACAUGCGGUCAGUCAGUGUUUGUCUGGUUCCAUAAAGAUGAAUCUUCCCCUAUCAAGGCCUUGACCGUACAAUCCGACGACAAUGCAGAUGUUCCUUAUGAGGAGAUCGGCUUGGUCUACAUCGGAAAGAAUCUGAAUGCUGGCAACAAUGGUGUGCCACUCUUCAUCUGGUAUGGCUAUUAAAAACCUGAGGUGGAGAGGCAGUGUCAUCCUAAAUAUUUUCUGUUUAAUUUUUUAUUAUCUUUCUGACAAAAAAUACAUAAAUAAAAUGACACUCAACGUUAGCUUUCAUUUAGAAAUAUUUUAAGGUUGACUUUAAUGUUAUUUCCAAUCAAUUCACAAUUGAAUUAUGGUAUUCAAUUUUACUAUAAAAUGUUAGCAGUAGAUUUUAAAAAAUUCUGAAUAUUAUAAGGGGUUGUAAUGUAGAAUUUCUCAUUGUUUUAGUCAAAUGUGAUUUUGAAAAACUUCAGUACAGUAAUAUAAAUAAAGUAAAA